CCGAAGAUAUCGGCUCGGUCAUGUAAUCAGCUGUGUCCAAUCACAGCUGAUCACAUCACUGAUGAUCAGUGUGCCCUGAUGAUCUGUGUAGCCCCAGCAGCGCCACCUGUCAGUGUCCAUCAGUGCCAGCUGUCAGUGCUCAUCCAUGCCAUCUGCCAGUGCCCAUCAGUGCCACUUCAAUGCCACAUAUCAGUGCCCAUCUGAGCUGCCUUUCAGUGUCACCCAUCAGUGCCACCUAACCGUGCCAGUCAGUGCCGCCUAUCAGUGCCAUAUAUGAGUGCUGCCUUUCAGUGCCCAUCAGUGAUGCCUGUCAAUGCCCAUCAGUGCCACCCUAUCAGUGCCAUAUAUGAGUGCUGCCUUUCAGUGCCCAUCAGUGCAGCCUAUCAGUGCCCAUCAUUGUAGCCUCAUUAGUGCACAUCAGUGAAGGAGAAAAAUCACCUAUUUACAAAGUUUUAUAA